AUGCUGACAAUGUAUAAGCUGACUGUGUGUCUUGUGGCCAUGUUACUGGUCAGCUCUGUGAGAGCUGAAAGUCCAAUGUUGUCUGUGGGAGAGCUCCUAGAGAGGGCUAAUCGAGACAUUGUUCGUGGUGCCGACGAACCAACAGUUAUUGGGGACAUUGCAGUUGUUGAUGAAAAUGGGAGGAAUGCUGAUCCCUGCACAUCUGCUAACUGCAAGUGGCCCAAGUCUGUUGAUGGACUGGUCUAUGUGCCCUAUGUCAUUGCCAACCACUUCACCUCCCGUGAGCUGCAGGUCAUCCAGCGAGGGCUAGAUUCCUUUGCAUCAGUUACAUGCAUUCGUUUUGUUCCACGCUACAAUGAGAGGGAUUAUAUCAGCAUUGAGUCACGUAGCGGAUGCUACUCCUAUGUUGGACGGCUUGGUCAUGGUCAGACAGUGUCUCUGGAUCGCAGUGGCUGUAUCUAUCACAACACUGUCCAACAUGAGCUACUUCACGCUCUGGGCUUUAACCAUGAACAGACCCGCACUGACCGUGACUACCACAUCCGUGUCGUCUGGGAAAAUAUUAUUGACAACAUGAAGUAUAACUUUGAAAAGAUUGCCACUCUGAACCAGGGAACUCCCUAUGACUAUGACUCUGUCAUGCAGUAUCACAGAACUGCAUUCUCUAAGAAUGGUCUACCCACUAUGGAGCCCAUCCCCUACAGCAAUGUAGCAAUUGGCCUGGCCAGAGAAAUGAGCCAAAAUGACAUUAUUAGAAUCAACAGACUCUAUCAGUGCUUGAAGUACACCAACAACACGACUCUCCUAUUCUUUCCCAACUUCAGUCCACCCACAACAGUGAAGAGAAAGAGCUUCAGUCCUGUCAUGAAGAAGGCUACAGCCAUGGGCCUGGAACUGUUUCUCAUCUACCCUGCCUUGAUGAAGAUGGAGCAUUGUGGUAAGAAGGUGGCAUUUGAUUCCCCUCAAGCUGCAGACGAUUUUAUCAGCUCCCUGCCAAUGUGA